AUGCCACUUCUUGGUGACGAAAUCCUCCAAAGGCCACUCAAAGUAGCCUGUAUCCAAAUAGCAAGUGGUCCCAACAAAGCUGUUAAUAUUGCUCGGGCGAGAGAGAAAGUCUUGCAGGCGGCAGCCGGAGGCGUCUCUCUUGUUGUUCUUCCGGAAUGUUUCAACUCGCCAUAUUCCACGGCAAGGUUUCGUGAGUAUGCUGAGCCCUUGUCAUCGUGCCCCGACCUCACAGAGGCACCUACAUUUGCCGCAUUGGCACAGGUGGCCCAGGAUGCUGGGGUUUUUCUCAUAGGAGGAAGUAUUCCAGAGUGUGAUCAGGCCGGCAAAAUCUAUAAUACCUGCGCGGUAUACUCCCCUCAAGGAAAAUUACUUGCAUCUCAUCGCAAGAUGCAUCUAUUUGACAUCAACAUUCCCGGUGGCAUGUCAUUUCGUGAAUCAGAUACCUUAUCCUCAGGGAACGAAAUUACCAUUGUGGAUUUGGAAGGAUAUGGCAAAAUCGGCAUCGGAAUAUGCUAUGACAUGCGAUUCGCAGAAUUAAGUACGAUUGCAGCUCGAAAGGGCGCUUUCGCACUAGUUUUCCCCUCGGCAUUCAACACAACCACAGGACCACUUCAUUGGGAACUUCUUGGUCGGUCCCGGGCAGUCGAUAAUCAGGUCUACAGUAUUCUGUGUUCACAAUCGAGGGCAACACCCCCUUCAUACCCUGCUUGGGGGUAUAGCAUGGUUAGCGAUCCGAUGGGUCGAAUUGUUGCCGGGGCUAAGGAGAGCGAAGACAUUAUAUAUGCGACAUUGGAGCCAGGUGUUAUUAGGGAGUCUCGCCAGGCGAUUCCAAUUAGCUACCAGAAGAGAUAUGAUGUGUAUCCAGAUAUCGGGAAGCUCGUUUGA